GCCACUAUCUCCAGGAGACACAGAGUUAGAGACUUUACAGGUUGAAAAUUGUCCGCCUAAAAACCAAGUAUGGAGUCAGUGAGAUUUAUUAGUAUUCCACGCACAUACUCUGUGAUGCGGAAAUUGUCGUCACGUAAUGCGGUAGUGACACGAAAUCGCCUGCUGUCCCCAAAUAACCUACAACUACCAACAGUUUCCUGGAUUCUAGGGGCCAAGAUGAGUUCCCUGUCAGCCCCACCGGCGAGUCUCCUCCAUCCGAUGAAUUUUCCCCGGAAAUUACUGAUGGGACCCGGCCCAUCAAACUGUCCUCCUCGGAUACUUAACGCCAGUGCCCUACCCGUCCUAGGACACCUCCAUCCCGAGUUUACACAGAUUAUGGACGAAGUGAAGAAUGGUGUGAAGUACGCCUUCCAGACAAACAACAACUGGACAGUCUGUGUCUCGGGCACAGGCCAUGCCGCCAUGGAAGCUGCAUGUUGUAAUUUACUGGAGCCAGGGGAGACCACUCUAGUGAGCGUGAAUGGUCUAUGGGGUGAUCGUUUUGCCGAUAUGGCCAACCGAAAUGGUGCUGUUGUAAAGAAAAUACAUAAACCCAUGGGACAAGUGUUCAGUCUGGCAGACAUUGAGGAGGGCUUGAAAACAUAUAAACCAGCAUUGCUGUUCAUUACUCACGGUGAAUCGUCUGGGUCGACUUUACAGCCACUAGAGGGCGUAGGAAAGCUGUGUCACAAGUACAACUGUCUGCUUCUCGUGGACUCUGUGGCAGCCCUUGGAGGCGUGCCCAUGUACAUGGACAAGUGGGAAAUUGAUGUGAUGUACACAGGAGCACAGAAGGUUCUGAGUGCUCCCCCAGGGGCCAGUCCGAUAUCGUUUUCAGAUAAGGCAAGGGCCAAAGUGUUAGGCCGUAAAGUACCGGUGAGGUCUUUUUAUUUCGACAUGAAUCACUUGGCCAACUACUGGGGUUGUGACGAGGAAUCCCGAAGGUAUCACCACACCGGUCCUAUUUCGAGUGUGUACGCUCUGAGGGAGGGGCUUGCCAGACUUGCAGAGGAGGGACUUGAAGCGAGCUGGGACACCCACAAGCAAUGUGCAGAGAUGUUGCACGAGGGCGUGGCAAAGCUUGGUCUAGAAUUACUGGUCACAGACAAGACAGUUCGACUGCCUUGUGUAACAGCCAUCAGGGUUCCGUCUGACGUCAACUGGAAGCACGUGGCCGACUACGCAAUGAACACAUACCGGGUGGAGAUAUCCGGCGGACUUGGAGAUUUGGCGGGAAAGAUUUGGCGGGUAGGAAUUAUGGGAUAUAACGCCACGCCUGACAACGUAAAACUCGUACUCCGAGCUCUGAAGGAAGGAAUUCAGCUCGACAGACAGAAGUCAAAAUUGUGAACGUGAAACCGAGGAGUUAUCGGAUAAAGUCAGGCAUUUAAGAAGAUUCAUAAAUUAAUUGUAGAAAAAAGGCAAAUGUAAGGACGUCUGGAUAGUCAGUCAUUAAUGCCAGUUUGUUGGAAUGAAAACACAACUUAGGCUCCAACAUCUCAAAAAUAUCAGUUAUCCAUGUACUUUUUGUGAAAAUGAUUGAAUUUGUAUGUUUUAUUGUUAAACCCAUAAAAUAUUGUGUCGAAUUACUCAUGUUGAUCGGAUUUUGAAACAUUUAUGUGAAACAACCCUUCACAAACAAUUUCUUUUAUCAGAUACAAUAUUUUACUUCAUAUAAAAUUUAUGAAGACUUCACGGGAAUAUCAAUGCAAAUAAUUAUAUGGUGCGAUCGGGAAGAGUUUGAUUUCCCCAUCUUUUAGUCUUUAUUUCCACAGGGCUUACCCUAGCACCACUAAGGAAGCACGAUGCAUGUUUGUUGUUUGUUUGUUUACUCAGUUUAUCGCCUCGUGAACAGUUAGAGUCAUAUUUUGAGGUUGGGGUGCGGUGGGGUCUCCUUGUAGUAGUUGGUGACUACCUCAUGAUGAUCACAGAACAACGUAAUGGAGGCCCGUCGCUUGCCACCCAGAGCAAGUAGAGUAAAGUAUCUUGCUCAAGGACAAUCAGGGCAAAGCAGACUGGCCCAUUCAUCAGCUUCCUGAGAAACACAAACCGACACGGUUUGGGAACGUCAAACACCCACCUCGGAUCUUCUAACCGACUGAGCUAUCGCCGCCCCAGUAACAGGUACAAAGAACUAGGUAUCAACUCCUUAGAUCUGUGACUUUAUUGGUAUUUAAAGGUGCUUUUCGCCCGUGUACCCGCUGUACCUUCCGUUGAUGAACGAAUUCUGAUCUUAAACCGCCAACUCUAUAUAAUGUGAUAACUGCUGUUGUGUGUAAAGUAGUUACCGAGAGGUCUCUGUAAUAUUGUACGUGUGUGUUCGUGUUGGUAUCGAGAACAACAAUUAUCUCAAUGUAGCUGGAGAUUUUCAAUGUGUGUCUUUUGUGUGGAUAUUUCUAUAUUGUUGUAUGAAUUAUAUGAUAUAAAGGAUUAUUAUAUAUUAUAACUGGAUGUGGAUUUCUAGAGUAAUUGAAAGUAUACAAUAUGAAUAUAUAUGUAUGUAUGAUAUAUAAAAUAUGUACAUUCAGUCGAGAACAACGAAAACAGCAUUAUACCAAAGACCGCUGUGGAUAUGUUUAGCCCAUCAAGCAUAAUAUUAUGAAUAUAUUACAAAAGUUUAUAUAUACUUAUCAUGUAAUAUCUAAGGAAUUAUCAGAUAGGAAAUGUGUGUAACAUGCAUGAACACAUUUAUAUAGAAGCAACAUGAAAUGAUUUUGUUGAAAAUUCUAUAUUUUAAGAUUGUUGAAUAAAACUAUCCAGUGAGAGAACGGUC